AUGUCCAAAGCCCUUCUCAUCACCGGUGCAACUGGCAAGCAAGGCGGAGCCACCAUCGACGCCCUCAUCAGCUCUCCCUCACACAGCUCAGACUUCACAAUCCUAGCCGUAACCCGCAACCCCUCGUCCGCCUCAGCACAAGCACUGCAAAAGAAGUCCCCCAGCAUCAAACUCGUAACCGGCGACCUCAAAGACGUACCCGGAGUCUUUGACGCCGCCGAAGCAAUCCACAAACCCAUCCAUGGAGUCUUUAGCGUACAAGCCUUNUUGGGUCAGGGUCAAACCGUCGAGACCGAGGAGCAGCAAGGCAAAGCACUGGUAGACGAAGCUCUCAAGCGCGGUAUCAAUCAUUUCGUGUACACUUCUGUGGACCGCGGCGGCGACAAGUCCCUCGACAACCCCACCACGAUCCCGCAUUUUGUAAGCAAGCACAAUAUUGAACGCCACUUGGUCGACAGCACAAAGGACUCGAAAAUGUCUUAUACCAUACUCCGCCCUGUUGCCUUCAUGGACAACUGGGUCUCCGGCAUGAUGGGCAGAAUGUUUGGUGCAAUGUGGAGCUCCGCACUCAAACCAGACCGCAAGCUUCAACUCAUCAGUUGCCGAGACAUUGGUUACUUCGCCGCCGAAGCCUUCCGCAACCCUACCAAAUACAACAACCGCGGCAUCAGUCUUGCAGGCGACGAGCUCACCCUAAACGAAGCGGAUAAAGUGUGGAAGCAAGCGGCUGGCCAGGGAGCCCCAAACACUUUCAGCUUCAUGGGCACUGGCUUGUUGUGGGCGAGCAAGGAGUUGGGUUCCAUGUUCAGAUGGUUCCAGACUGAUGGCUACGAAGUCGAUAUUGCUGCUCUUAGGAAGGAACAUCCUGGUCUGCAGACCCUGGGUGAUUGGAUUGUCAAAGAGAGUGCUUUCAAGAAGGAGUAA